AUGUUUUCAUCUUUCCACCACAUUUUUUUUUUUUUUAGUCUUCCUCGAUCCAUUAGUUUUCAUCCUAAGUAUAUCAAAUACUUACUACUCACUGCUACUACAGACGUACUAGUAUUUAUCUUGACGAAAUUGGUAAUAGUUGAUUGGCCGAAUUGUUUUAAUAAUUGGUCGGAAGUAAUCACAAGAAUGAGUGUCGAUCCAACUACUAGUAACAAUCAAACUAACAAUCAAGAGCUCUCCAAUCUCAGUUUACAAAUUGACGAAACCAGCUCCUCUAAUGUUGAAAGGAAGAAAAGACCACUUAAUCUUAUCCCUUCACUGCCACCGGAGCUGCCCAAUGCAAGAGAUUCAACAAGUGACAAUAUGAUUUAUAUAGGAGAAGAAUUUACAGAACAUCUUGAACAACUGGAAGAAAUGGAAGAUUGUUUUCAGCUGAUUAAUGAGAUAUUUGAAAUUAUUCAACAACGGGAAGUAUACGAUAACCCAGAGUUCGAAGUCGUUGCCAAAAGACUUACUUUACUUAGAAUAGAGAUUGAGAAUUUGGUUUAUAGUGAGAGAAACUCAACUAAUCCUAGUCAGUAA